AGGAGCCAGGUGCCUGCUGCAGUAUCUACACCCCUCCCCCAAUGCCCCCUUCCCUCCCACUUCCUUUCCCCGGCGCCUGGCCCUUUAAGAAGCUCAGCCCUGAUUCUGGAUUCCUAAAUCCCUGCUCCUGCACCGCCCGGCACACCUUGCUUCCUUCACCUCCUCCGGCCCGGCUUCGCUCCCUCAACCCUGACCACCAUGUCGGCCGCUCCAGCCUACAGCGAGGACAAGGGCGGCUCCUCCAGCCUAGGGGAGCCCGAAUACGGUCACGACCCGGCCAGCGGCGGCAUCUUCUCCUCCGACUACAAGCGGCAUGAUGACCUGAAGGAAAUGUUGGACACCAACAAAGAUUCUCUCAAGUUGGAGGCCAUGAAGAGGAUUGUGGCGAUGAUUGCUCGUGGGAAGAAUGCUUCUGACCUGUUCCCAGCCGUGGUCAAGAAUGUAGCCUGUAAGAACAUUGAGGUGAAGAAGCUGGUGUACGUGUACCUGGUACGCUAUGCAGAGGAACAGCAAGACUUGGCCCUGCUGUCUAUCUCUACUUUCCAACGUGGCCUGAAGGACCCUAACCAGCUGAUCCGGGCUAGUGCCCUCCGAGUCCUCUCCAGCAUCCGAGUGCCCAUCAUAGUACCUAUCAUGAUGCUAGCCAUCAAGGAAGCUGCCUCAGACAUGUCCCCUUAUGUGCGGAAAACAGCGGCCCAUGCUAUUCCCAAACUGUACAGUUUGGACUCUGACCAAAAGGAUCAGCUGAUUGAAGUCAUUGAGAAGCUUCUGGCCGACAAGACUACGCUGGUGGCUGGAAGUGUGGUGAUGGCUUUUGAGGAGGUGUGUCCAGAACGUAUUGACUUGAUCCACAAGAACUAUCGUAAAUUAUGCAACCUGUUGAUUGACGUGGAAGAGUGGGGCCAGGUUGUUAUCAUCAACAUGCUGACCCGCUAUGCCCGCACGCAGUUCCUGAGUCCCAACAAGAAUGAAUCUCUGCUGGAGGAGAAUCCUGAGAAGGCCUUCUAUGGAUCAGAAGAAGAUGAGUCCAAAGGGUCGGGGCCAGGACCAGAGGAGGCAGCUGCUCCCUUGGCUGCUCGCAGGCCGUAUAUCAUGGAUCCUGACCACCGCCUGCUCUUGCGCAACACAAAACCGCUCCUCCAGAGCCGAAGCGCAGCUGUGGUCAUGGCGGUGGCUCAGCUCUACUUCCACCUGGCCCCCAAAGCGGAAGUGGGAGUCAUCGCCAAAGCCCUGGUGCGACUGCUGCGGAGCCACAGUGAGGUCCAGUACGUGGUGCUCCAGAAUGUGGCCACUAUGUCCAUCAAGCGCCGGGGCAUGUUUGAGCCAUACUUGAAGAGCUUCUACAUCAGGUCCACAGACCCAACGCAGAUCAAGAUUCUGAAACUGGAGGUGCUGACCAACCUUGCCAAUGAGACUAACAUUCCUACAGUCCUAAGGGAAUUUCAGACCUACAUCCGAAGCAUGGACAAAGACUUUGUGGCAGCCACAAUCCAGGCCAUUGGUAGGUGUGCCACCAACAUUGGCCGUGUCCGAGACACCUGUCUCAACGGCCUUGUGCAGCUUCUGUCCAACCGUGAUGAGCUUGUGGUUGCUGAGUCAGUUGUUGUCAUUAAGAAGUUGCUGCAGAUGCAGCCAUCACAACAUGGGGAGAUCAUUAAGCACCUGGCCAAACUGACAGAUAACAUCCAGGUGCCCAUGGCCCGGGCCAGCAUCCUCUGGCUCAUCGGUGAAUACUGUGAGCACGUGCCCAGGAUUGCCCCUGAUGUUCUGCGGAAGAUGGCAAAGUCAUUCACAGCAGAGGAAGACAUUGUGAAGCUACAGGUCAUCAACCUUGCUGCCAAGCUCUACCUGACCAACUCCAAACAGACAAAGCUGCUGACCCAGUACGUGCUGAGUUUGGCAAAGUAUGAUCAGAAUUAUGACAUCCGAGACCGAGCCCGCUUUACCCGUCAGCUCAUUGUCCCCUCGGAGCAGGGAGGUACCCUCAGUCGUCAUGCAAAGAAACUCUUCUUGGCUCCCAAGCCUGCUCCUGUCCUGGAGUCAUCCUUCAAAGAUCGUGACCACUUCCAGCUUGGCUCAUUGUCUCACCUGCUUAAUGCCAAGGCCACCGGCUACCAAGAACUCCCAGACUGGCCUGAGGAAGCUCCUGACCCAUCCGUCCGGAAUGUAGAGGUUCCUGAAUGGACCAAGUGCUCUAACCGGGAGAAAAGAAAGGAGAAGGAGAAACCAUUUUACUCAGACUCUGAGGGAGAGUCAGGACCCACAGAGUCAGCAGAUAGUGACCCCGAGUCUGUGAGCGAGUCUGAAAGCAAAAGCAGCAAUGAGAGUGGCUCUGGAACCAGCAGUGAUGAAGACGAUGAAGAGGACGAGAGUGACGAGCAGGAGGCAGAUGAGAAGAAAAAAGGGAGAAGAGGCGGCCAGGAGGCCUCCAGGGAGAGCGCAGAGAGUGACCAGAGUGAAGAGGAGCAGGAGAAAAAGGUCAAGAGGAAGAAGAAGCCACACGAAAGGAAAGAGACAUCUGAGUCCUCAGAGGAGGAGGGAAGUGCUUCAGACAGCAGUUCAUCAGAAUCUGAGUCAGCAUCUGAGUCUGAGGAGGAGGAGGAAGAGGACCACACCGAGCCUGAAACUUGGAGAAGAAAGACACCUCCAACUAGCAAGACACCCCCCAAACCCAAGGAGAUCUCCCUGCUUGACCUGGAGGACUUUACUCCCCCCAGCAUUCAGCCAGUAUCCCCACCAAGGGUCGUCUCCAACAGCUUAGUCACCGAUCUGGAAGGCUUGACACUCACUGACUCUUCAUUGACACCUUCGCUGCUCAGUCCUGUAAUGGGCCCUGGAAAGCGGCAGGAGCUGCUACACCGUGUGGCAGGGGAAGGGCUGUCUGUUGAGUAUGUAUUCAGCCGACAGACCUUCCCUGGAGACCCACACAUGGUAUCUGUAUGCAUCUACUUCUCCAAUAGCUCAGAUACCCCUGUGAAGGGCCUACAUGUGGGAGUGCCCCAUCAGCAGUCUGGCAUACGCAUCCAAGAGUUCCCUGAGAUUGAAUCCCUGGCACCUGGUGAUUCAGUCACAGCCAUCAUGGGCAUCAACUUCUCGGACUCCACCCAGGCAGCCACCUUCCAGCUAUGCACUCAAACCCGACAGUUCUAUGUCUCCAUCCAGCCACCAGUGGGGGAGCUGAUGGCCCCUGUGUUUAUGAGUGAAAAUGAAUUCAAGAAGGAGCAGGCGAAGCUGACAGGAAUGAGUGAAAUCACAGAGAAGUUGACCCUUCCAGACACGUGCCCAAAUGACCAUAUUAUUGUCCAGAAGGUGACUGCCACAGCCAAUCUUGGCCGGAUACCCUGUGGGGCUCCUGAUGAAUACAGGUUUGCUGGAAGAACGCUGACUAGUGGAAGCCUGGUUCUGCUAACCCUGGAUGCACGAGUGGGUGGAGCUGCUCAGCUAACAGUCAACAGUGAGAAGAUGGUGAUAGGCACCAUGUUGGUGAAGGAUGUGAUCCAGGCCUUGACACAGUGAUUCUAUGCACCUGCCGUUGGUGCCUGCCUCAAUAGCUUCUCCCCUUGCCCCUUGCCCUUUGCCCAAUCCAUGAUGCAUUGACCCCUUUUACUGCCCCUAUCAAAUCCCCGCCCAAAGCUGCAGACUAGGCCCUGAAACAAUCUCCUUCCUCAACAGCUAUCCUCUGUUAGUUUCACACACACACACACAUCCUUGGUGAGGGACUCACCUCGUUAUCUACCUUCACUGUCCUUCCCAAGGGAGUCCUUAAGGGUGGGGAGGGAGAGGAGGGAGUGGCAGCAGCUUGCUCAGUGCCUCCCCUAGCCCAAUAUCCUUUAUUUACUUAUGGAGAACCUCAAUAAAGCUGCCCCCUUCACCUAUCACUUCAUUCUGGGCUCUUCUGGAAGUGAUUGUAGAAGAGGUACAUAGGCUGGGGCAGGUCCUACAGGAGCAAUCAUUACUGAACCUAUCAAGUGACCAUUAUAAGAACUUUCUCACACAGCUCUGAGGAGAAGGCAGGGCUGGCUCUAGUCAAGCAGAAAUGGAUCAUAGGAUACUGUCCCAUGUCUGAUACCAUAGCAGCUACUCUGCUGUAAAAAUAGCUUGCCUGAGAGAUGGAAAGGAUGAAGGGAGCCCUAGGGAACUUUUGGAUGAGGACACAUGGACCAGGGCAUGUGAACUAAUUCUUCAAGGGGUACCAGCCUAAAAAGCAGGAGGAGAAAUCAUAUAGUAGCUGGAGAAGCAAGACGACGAUGUAAGAGAGAAUGGAGGAGAAUCCAGCAAUCCUGCUGGAGAAGGAAGGAGAGACUCUCCCCAUUUCUGGUGUAGACAGGCCUGGGGAAUAAAGGGGCAAAGUAGGAGAAGGCAGAAGGGAACCAAGGGAUAGUGAAGUGAGGAGAUCAACCCUCCAGCCUCUUCAAGAUUCUUCUAAGACUAGGGGCAGCUAGGUGGCGCAGUGGAUAAGAGCACCAGCCCUGGAGUCAGGAGGGCCUGAGUUCAAAUCCUGCCUCAGACACUUAACAGUUAGCUGUGUGACCCUGGGCAAGUCACUUAACCCCAAUUGCCUCAUUUUUAAAAAAUUUUUAAAAAAUCUUCUAAGACUGCACUGCAGCUUCAUCUUAGGCUUUCCACUUCAUCUCACAUUUCUCUGUAGUUACCUGUAGUGAACAUCUCUCAAUCAUCCAAAAGGAGUUGGCGUGUUUAAGGGGCAGUAGGCAAAAGGUUUUAGGUUAGGAUUGCGUUCCUGGUCCAUUGUUGGCACUAGUCCCUAGCUGCAAGUGUAGGGUAGUUGUUGCUGAAAGAGAAAAAAGAACAGUCUAUGCUAUUGCUGGAGUACAGAAAAAAAAAUUACUCCUGGUCCAGGACCCCAAGGCUAUGGGGUGGGAAGACUAUGCCUUCAAGACCUUCUUUUGUAAAAGAAAAAAAGGAAGAUAAUUAAAUAUGAUAGGAGGCAGCUAGGUGCCACAGUGGAUAAAGCAUCGGCCCUGGAUUCAGGAGGACCUGAGUUCAAAUAUGACCUCAGACACUUGACACUUACUAGCUGUGUGACCCUGGGCAAGUCACUUAACCCCCACUGCCCUGCAAAAAAAAAAAUGAUAUACAUACAUCAAAGAGCCCCGAGUUCCCUCUGAAAUAUAGAUGAAUGUUAUUUCAAUCCUCUGUGUAAUGGGGGGUUCAACAUUAUUAUGUACAUGUUCUUCAACCAACUGUGUACUAUACCUAUGUACAGGGUGAUCUGAAAGGACCUUUGUGUGAAAAAGAAGGUAGUGGGGAAACUGAAUGUAAGGCUUUGUAACAAAAGAAGAGGAAGCCUGAAUCCCUACUCUAAACACAUGAGUGUAGGAGAUACCACAGCACACAUAGGGAUCAUAGACUUGGAGCUAUACAGGAUCUUAGAGGUCAUAUAGCCCAACUCCCUGAUUUUAUGGAUGAUGAGGUAAAGCCCAAACUACAAAGGUUAAGUCACGUGCCCAAAGUUAAACAGGCACCUAUCAUUUGAUCCUACAAACAACCCUGUGAGAUAGGUGCCAUUAUUAUCCUCAUUUUUAAGUUGAGAAAACUGAGGCAAAGGUUAUGUAUAUAUUCCCUCCAAUGGUGCAAAUUGACUAGCCUGGGUCACACAGCUAGUAAGUGUUUGAGGCUGUAUUUCUGCUUGGGUCUUCCUGACUUCAGGCCCAGUACUUUAUCCACUGUACCAUUUAGCUGCCAGAGAUUUAAAUCCAGGUCAUUUUACUCUAAAUCUAGGGCUCUUUCCACUGGGAUAUGAAGCCAAAUGUAGGCCUUUAGUAGACCCCAGGGUGAGUGGGGAUGGGUGCUAAGACAAGGAACCAAGAUUAAUUUAAACUCCUGUUUAAUACUAGGGUCAGUUUUGACCGUGAGACUGUAAUUUUCCCCUUGGUUGUUGGUUUAGCUUCCACUGCUAACUUGGGAGUCUUUAGAAAACCUCAAAAGGACUUAUGUUUGCUUUAGGAACAAAAGUCAUUCUGAGAGUGACCUCCCAUCCUGCUGUAGCCAGAGGAAGUGGCAAACCCUAGUCAGAAGCAACUGAUUAUAUUAGGACAACAGGCUCUGCCAACCAUGAAGGAAGAAAAGGGAAGCAACCCAGAAACCCAUUCAAACCUGAUGCAAAAGUUCUUGGCAUUGACACUAGCAAUGGGUCCAUGGCCCUAGAACCAGCGUGGGACCUCAAGCUAUUGGGGCAUCAUAGAGGAUUAUAUCUGAGAUACAAAAUAGCCAACUCAAGAAGUAGAAACGUUAGCCCAGAGGGUGAGAGCAAGAGCUCCAAGGAUAGGCAAGUCAGUAACAAAGUAGGCCAAAUGGGUAGCCUGUUUAGAGUAACUGAGUAAUCCAGGAAGUCUGUUUAGGUUGGAACUAAUCCCAAAGUGCAAGGAACAGCCCACAGGGUUCUCCAAGACAUAGCUGGAAUAUAUAUCCAUGGCAAUCUGGCUGGAGAAUGUUUUCUGAAUAUGCUGUGUGCCCCCAGAGCUUAGAUAUUGGUUACCACUACAGGGAGUAUGUAUCCUCUAGCCUCACACCUUCUUGUCCCCGUGCCACACUGUCCUGUCCUCCUGUAACCCCAGUACCCAAUAUGCUCCAGCUCUCUUAACAUUCCCUGGGUACCGAUAUUACUCCAUAUGGGCGAUCUCCAUUAUGCAUCACUCUUGUACCUCUUUGACAAUAUCUUAAAUGCUCUCUGAUGAGCAGUCCUCCAGUAAUAAUUCACUAUAGCCUAUUUGUGUCUGCAUUGCCUCUAUCCAUUGCUUCUUUGGGUGACCUUAAACCUAAAACUUCUUCAAAAACUGUGAUAUUUCAUAAUUUGCAGCCAUGUAUAGGAGGGAAGAGGGAACUAAGCAUUUAUUAAGUGCCUACUAUGUGCCAAGCACUGUGUUAAGAAGCACUUUGCUAUUAUCUCAUUUGAACCUCACACAACUAUCCCAGGAAGUAGGGGCUAUUAUCCCAUUUUGCAGUUGAGGAAACCAGGGCGGAAAGAGGUUAAGUGACUU